AUGUCUGGAUUGGAAGCUUUGUCAUUGGUCUGCAGCAUCAUGCAGGUCAUCUCGUUUACCAAAGAAAUUUUGACCGUCUGCAAAGACGUCUACGAGGGCCGCUCAACUGCUGACAGCCAGAUGGAAGAAAACGCAACAUCCAUCAAGGCCCUGCUGGAUGAGAUGAAUCGUUCUGCCGGCUCUGUUCGGCAGCGGACAAAGGAGGAAAAGGAACUCUUUGCAACAGCUCAAAAGUGCAGCAAAGCCGCAGAAGAGCUACAAAAGGAGAUUCGACAGGUCACCAAAUACCAAAAGCCUGGGGACUACAAGAGAGCUGCCAUCGCCGGAUACAAGUUCAUCUUUGGCAAAAGAAAGAUUACGGGUCUUUACGACCAGUUUUGCAAACACCAGAAGACUUUGGAGACCCAUAUUCUGGUCCGUUUAUGUACCAAGACCGACGCUAUUGAGCUUCAGCGGCGUGAAAUCUUCACUCAGCUUUCGGAUACCAUGAAGCACUUCAUCACCCAGAUGGCGGCAGGGCACACAGACAUGGCCCAUCUCAUCACUCGCAAUGGCACCCAGACGAGGGAGCAGAUACAACAGUCCGAGGACCGCGUGAGGCAAGAGAUUAACGAUGUUCAAACGGAAGCGGUCAAUGAAGCGAAGAGAGAGCGUCUCCUCGGCAGUCUGAAAUAUGAUGCAAUGAAUGCUCGGCGCACUGGACUCACUUCUGCUCACGAGGCAACCUAUACUUUGAUAUAUGAUUCCAUUGAUAUGGACUCCAUUGAUACGGACUCCAUUGAUACGGACUCACCUGAUACGGACUCACCUGAUACGGACUCACCUGAUACGGACUCGCUUGAUACGGACUUGCUUGAUACGGAGGUACCAGAAGUUAAAGUCGCGACAGCAUGGAAAGGCUUCAUCACCUGGCUAAAGUCUGAGAAAAAAGUCUUUUGGAUCCAAGGAAAGCCUGGUUCUGGAAAAAGCACGCUCUUGAAGUUCAUUCUUCAGCACGAGAAGACGCAAAUAGUGCUCGAGAGAUGGAGGCCCAACACCCUGACCGUCUCGCACUUCUUCUGGAAGCCGGGAAACCCGUUGCAAAAGAAUCUCCGAGGGCUACUCUGCUCUUUGAAUCAUCAACUGCUGUCCGGCGACCACACACUAGUGGGCCAUGUAUUGUCGGAAUUUCCAUUUGCUGGAGGACAAGACACGGUAGGAGACUGGGAAAUCACACAGUUGCAGUCGGUCUUUUACUCCAUACUAAAGCAGUGCAACCGAUCAGUCUUCUUACUUAUUGAUGGUCUUGAUGAAGCGGCAGAGACGGAAAAGACUCUCCAUUGGCUUGAUUCUCUUAUUGGCCUGCAUAAUGUCAAGCUGUGUAUUUCCAGCCGCAGCGAGGAUGUCUUCCGACGGAAGUUCUCUCGAAAUGACGGAUUCAAGCUCGAGGAUUUGACUAGGGAUGAUAUGAUGAAGUAUGCGCGGGCAGAAAUGCCGCCUUCUAACGAGAGAUAUCCGUCAGAGUACUUGGAAAACUUGAGAGACCUACUUGUCGACAAGGCUGAGGGUGUAUUCCUUUGGCUCGUCCUGGCGCUUGAAAGUGUAAAGAGAGGACUGCGCAACAACGAUGGCCAGGAUAAGAUCCAUUCACGCCUGAAGCAGCUGCCAUCCGAGCUUGAGGACCUUUACGCGGAGAUGUGGGACAGACUUGGCGAAGACAAGGCCAUUUAUCAACAGGAAGCAGCUCGAUACUUCAGUUUGCUCAUCACACACAACGCGCUGCUUGAAGACUUCGUCCAAAGCGUUUCCUUUUCUUUUGAAUUCCACAUGACCCCAUUCAUUCUCAUGCUCGACGGAAAUGAAUCCUUGAGAGGGAAAAUGCUCAACGCUUCACAUCAGCCCUCGGUUUCGGACAUUGACAAGGACUGUGCCGAUGUGGCGUUGGGCGUUCCCAUCAAAACAGCUGGACUGCUUGUUAACCGUUACAUCGGCGUUGUCCGCAAUAUGAGCGUGAGACUGGAAUACGCACAACUCAGGAAACAUCUUUCAUCGGGGGUGGAAUUCCUGCAUAGAACCUUGCUUGACUUCUUUGUGCAGUCCGAGGCUGGGAGGACUAUCAUAGCACAGAGCCAGACAAGCUGCAUACAGCUGGAACUUGCAACCCUCAUUCUGUGCCAGCUUCGGACUUUGGAAUAUGGAAAUCGUUUGACCCAGUAUCUGACAUGCCUUGGUGGCCCACUGCACUAUUGUGUUUGGAUACUGGGCCGUUUCUUGGCUCAGGAUUCGUCGUCGCGGAGCGUCAUGGUCAUGAACUUGCUGAGCGAUCUCGAGAGCCUCUUUGCAGCUCGCUUGGUAUCAUGGGAUAAUAGACCAGACUGGUAUCCGCCUCCGUCCUUUGAUGUUCUGCUCUUCGCUGACCCAGCCUUCAAAGGGGUUCUACAAUCACGCAUGCAGAGCAGAGGUGCGUCUCACGCUACCGUCCUGCUACGGGAAGUCAUGCGAGGAUACAGUCUCAAG